AUUGAGCAUGGUUUUCGUACAAAAUGGAACUUUCCAGGAUGUAUUGGAGCGUUAGAUGGAAAGCACAUAAAUAUACUCGCUCCUGAUGAUACUUCUGACUACUAUAACUACAAGGGUGCCCAUAGCAUUAUACUUCUGGCCUUAGUUGAUGAUGACUAUUGUUUUUCAUACGUAAAUAUUGGAACUAAUGGAAGAGCUUCUGACGGAGGUGUUUAUCAAAAAUCGAAUUUGGCACAUGCUUUGGAAAACAAUACUCUCAAUUUACCGGACCAAUCGGUUAUUGUGGCGGAUGCGGCUUUCCCUCUAAAGUCAUAUCUUAUGACGCCCUAUCGAACAACUCCAACGCGUAGAGAAAAACUAUUUAACUACCGUUUAUCGAGAGCUAGACGAAUCGUUGAAAAUGCGUUUGGUAUUUUAGUAACGAGAUUUCGAGUUCUUAUGAAUGCCAUCGACAUGACCCCCGACAAAGUUGAUCAAGUUACAUUAGCUUCUUGCGCUUUACACACUACACGCUACAAUAACCACGCUUCUCGACAGGCAGAAGCAAUAAGAAACACCUAUGCACAGCUCUUUGAAACUACAGAGGCGGUAUCGUGGCAAGAUCAUAUGAUAUAAAUUCACCAUCGUCAUUUAAUUCUUCUGCCCUAAUAUAAAUAAAUAACCAAAACAUGCUGUACUUGUUCUAUGAUAUUAAAUAAUUAUGUUUUACAAACAGU